CCGCUUCGGCUGGGUGAAAUAUUUGGUCGGUUUCCGCUGUUAGGAUCUGAGCUUAUAAAUGAAUAUAUAAAUGCGGUGUAUAUAUAACCGUUAAACGUUUCUCAUUAAGAGAAGUCCCGAAUCAGGUUUGUGAUUGUGGCUUGUGAGAAGUCAUUUUGUUUUCUCGAGUGUUGCUAUCGUUCAGGUGGGUGACUCACUGACAAAGGCAGCACAGUGCAAAAUUGAAGAGAGCAUUUCCUGGAGACCGAGCUGCCUCUUUGCCAGGGAGAUGGGUUUUGAGGUGCAAUCAAAGGAAAAUGAUCACUUCUUGCUGUUUGUUCAACCUUUUUGUCUGUGGAUGUAGGAAACAAGGGGUCUUUAUUUUUUAAACAAUAAUUUUUUAGAAGGCACAUCCUGAAGCAUCCCUUCCCUAGAGCAGUGGGACCAAUGACUGAUGUUAAAAUGUGUGCCAACCAUCAAGCUCCUCCUGUAGAGCACUUCAGGUAAUUUUGAAGCUGAAGUUCAUUCAAGCAUACCCUUUCAGUGAGGAAUCAAGAAUGAAAAGGCACCGUGUCCAUUCGGUGAGGCUGUAUUCUGAAAAGCAGUUAUGCUGGAGAAGGAUCUCUGCAGAGAAGCAGAAGGGCGUGGAGUUCUGUUUGUCAUCGGUGGGGCUGAUACUGGAAGAUGACACAUAGUUUUGGUGUUGCUUUAAAAACAAGGAGGACCUUCGAUAACUGCUCACAUUUAGCUGGUAAUUGCAAAAUGUCUGGAACUGAUGAUUUUUCGUUGGCAGAUGCUUUGCCCGAUCAGUCUCCCGCUAAGACCCCCAAAGUGAGCGGUGCGAAGCCGGGCCAGCAGCCCUCCCAGCCGCCUCAGGGUUGGCCGCCCUCGAAUCCUUGGAACAACCCGAGCGCUCCCCCUGCCGGGCCCUCGGCGCUGCCGCCCAACACCUCCGCUUCCAGCGUGCCCUUCGGACCUCCUCCUACAGGAAUGUAUCCUUCAAUGCCCCCCGGACCGCCUGCUCCAUUUCCUCCUCCUCCUAGCGGACCCUCUUGCCCUCCUCCCGGAGGUCCGUAUCCGCCCCCAGCCGUGCCGGGCCCCGUCCCUCCGGGGCAGUAUCCUCCACCAAACAUGCCCUUUCCAGAGCUUCCACGACCUUAUGGCGGUCCGACGGAGCCGGCUGCGCCUCCCGCUCCCGUCGGGCCGUGGGGAUCCAUGCCCUCUGCAGCAUGGGGACCGACGAUGGCGGGGCAGUAUCCCGCACCCAGCAUGCCGUAUCCCCCCCCAGGGCCGUACUCUGCUCCUGCCCAGACUCCGGGAGCGGCGCCGACGGUACCGUGGGGCACAGUCCCACCUGGAACGUGGGGACCUUCGCCGCCAGGUCCGUUUCCUCCACCCGCAGGAUCGUACCCGGCUCCAGGACUCUAUCCUACGCCCCCUAAUCCUUUUCAAGUGCCGUCUGGUCCUGCUGGUGCUCCGUCCAUGCCGGGCGGCCCCCAUCCUUACCGUUGAACACGUUCUGGGCAACAAAGUACUGUAGCUUUCCACCUUCAUCCACUACUUACAGAGAUUUUUACAGUUUUUGUUUCAGUAAUGUUUGGGGCUAUGAAGAAUACUUGCCUCUUGUAUGUGCAUUUGAGGUAUGAAGGAGCAAUUUAGCAAUUUGCAUAACAUUAACUUGCUCGUAUGUUGGCGUAAUUGUUUGGUUUAAUAAAACGAGCUACAGAGAGCAGAAGUAAAACUGAAAUCCGUGGUUCUUACUCUGGCCAAUAUUCCUUGGGAAAAUGAGAGCUGCCAAGUAAGGAUCCUAAAGAAUCAGGCACAAGGACUUGCGAAUCAGAAACAGCUUAAAUUUCCACAAAUGCUUUAAGUCUCGUUGCCGGACUCGUGCUGGUUGUUGAAUGGAUGGAUGGUCGUAUCUUGUCUAUUUUCAGGUUAUUCUAAAAUGUCAAUAAAAAGUAUUUCAAGA